AUGGACCUGGAAUUCCUUCACCGCAUUACCGCCUCGCCCUCUGUGGCCGGCGUGGCUGCUGCUGCUUUCGUCGCUUACUGCGUCGGCCUCUAUGUCUACCGUCUGUUCUUCCACCCGCUGGCCAAAUUUCCCGGCCCGCGGCUCGCAGCCAUCACAUCCUGGUACGAGGCCUACUACGAGAUUGUCAAGAACGGGCAGUACUCGAAGAAGAUCUCGCAGCUGCACGAUUACUAUGGACCCAUCAUUCGUGUCACCCCGCACGAGCUCCAUAUCAGGGACCCGCGCUUCUUCGACGAGAUAUAUCCCAAAAAUGUCCAUCUGGACAAGGAGGGAUGGGACAAUCGCUUUGGUACCGAGAACGGUGUGCUACCGACCUUCGACGCCGCCGUCCAUAAGCGGCGACGCGCAGCACUGGCUCCGAUGUUCUCACGCCGGUCUAUCCUGGACUUCAUCCACAUCAUCUUCCGGCACGUCGAUACGCUUUCGGCGCGUAUGCAAGAGUUUGAAGCACGCAAGGAGCCGAUGAAUCUCAGUCAUGCGUUUCCCGCGUUUACCGGUGAUAUCAUCAUGGACUACUUCUUUGGCUUCAACUACGGCCAGCUCAAGAAUCCCCAGUUUGAAUCGUUCCAUGAAGCGUUCGUCAUGGUUGGUGGAACUGGUCACAUCGCUGCGCAGUUUCCCAUUAUCUUUCCGAUCAUGAACUCUAUUCCUGACUUCAUCACCGAGUGGCUGAUGCCCCCAGCCAAGCCUUUUCUGCAGUUCAAGCGUGAUAUGCGAGAUACCAUUGUCCGCACGCUCGGCGGCGAGGACGUCAAAACCAACGACGCCAAGCGGACAAUCUUCCACGAAAUCCUCGGCUCCAAACACCUCCCUCCGCAGGACAAAUCCAAGCAACGACUCGAAGACGAAGCCCAAAUCGUCGUAGGCGGCGGCAUAGAAACCACCGCCUUCGCCCUGAGCAUCGCAUCUUUCCACAUCAUCAACACGCCGCGCAUCUACCAGCGGCUCCAUGCCGAUCUCGUCAAGGCCUUCCCCAAUCGAACCACUCUCGAACUGCAGCCCCUGGAGCAGAUGCCCUACCUCAAGGCCUGCAUCAUGGAAGCCCUGCGCAUGGGGUACGGGCUCAGCGCGCGCAACCCGCGCACGCAUGACAAGCCACUCCAGUACAAGGAGUGGAUCAUCCCCGCAAGGACUAAUAUUUCCAUGACAAUUCCCGAAGUUAGCCACGACGAGGAGAUCUUCCCGAAGUCGCGGGAGUUCAUCCCAGAGCGCUGGCUCGACGACCCGAAGACCAAGGAUGGCAUUCCGCUGGACAGGUUCAUGGUCUCGUUUGGUCGUGGUACUAGAUCGUGCCUAGGUAUGAAUCUUGCCUGGACCGAACUGUACCUCACGCUUGGCAUGAUGUUCCGGCGGUACAAAUUCGAGCUCUUUGAAGCCGAUGUUAGUGAUGUGGAGAUGGGGCAUGAUUUCUUCAUUCCGGUGACGAGGCUGGACUCCAAGGGCGUACGGGUUUUCGUCGAAUCGACAACGGAUUAA